UUCUCCAUCGAAAAAUUACCGUAUUUCAAGAAUCAAGUUUCAACAAAUUCUCAUGCUCGCAAUUUCUAAAUCACAAACAAGCGUUGAUGUUGAGUAACAUCAAUGAGGGGGAUUGGGGGGUCAAAAUAAAUCCAUCUGCUAGGAAAAGUAUUCAUGCAGGUUGCUCUACCUGCAUUGAAAAUAAAAUUAUGGGAAGAUAUGGAUGUUCCCACCGUAAAGAGAAACAAAUCAAUACAGGGCAAAGUCAAGGAACAGAUGAAGUGGAUAAUGUUAUGAGUAAACUUGCACCUCCAUACAAUAGUAGCAGACCUUUGCCUACUAGAAAAAGUGUCAGUCGAAGGAACUCAAUUGAUGUGCCUGGGGCUAACAAUAGUGAUGAAACUGAUGAUGAUAAUGAGCUAUACAGGAGUGCAGCACAAAGCGAUUUUAACACAAGUAGAGAUGAGUUUCUAACAUCAACAAAUAAUAGCCCUACACAAGACAGAGAUACCCAUAGAAGAGAUAUACAUACAAGAUCAUCUCCUAAAAAUGGAUCUUACAUAAGUGGAAACACAUUAGAGUCAUAUAAUAUAAGUCCAGCUCAUAAUAUAAGUAGAAAAGAUAUAAGUGACUACGAGACAAGAUAUGACACAAGAUCAUCUCAAAAUGGAUACAUGAGUGGAAUCAUCUUAGAGUCUGCUAGAAUAAAUUCAGCUCAUAAUCUGAAUACAAGACGUGAAAGUGAUUCUGAAACAACAAGAGGAGGAAAUAAAUUUAAAUAUGUUGGAUUAAUAUUGGUAUUAGCUGUUGUCGCUAUCGGAAUCAACAUUGAUUAUUUUUUACGAACAAUAGAUACAGAGAAUGACAUAUUUUCCAAUGAUAUAAUUUUCCAUGAUCAUAUAAGUAGCUUAGGUGCUAAAUAUAAAGUUAGUCGUGAUGCUAUUCUACGAUUAAAAGUUGGCAUAUCUACGAUUUCAAAAAACCAGGAUGCAGCAUCAUUUAUGCUUAUUUAUGAUAGCAGAGCAGAAAGUUUUAAUGCACAAGUUUUAUUCAGUUUUGUAGAAGAGUUAGCCUUGAAAACUGUUCAAUACUUACGUAAUAACAGCAAUUCCAUUCAAAAUGUCAUAGUAGACACAGACCACAUUGAAACUGAAUCGGAACUGAGAGCACUUCAGAGUGAAGUGGAGAAAACUGGUGUCAUGAUUGUUCCAAACAUAAAUGAUGUCCCGUCAGAGCUAGCUAUGGCAUUUCAUUACUAUUGUGAUGAAUACAACCCUUUGGUUAAAAGUAGCGCCAUCUUUUUUACACUUGAUGCAGCAGCAUGCAUAUAUAGUAAGGAAGUAACACACACAUUUAUUGAAAAGUGUUUAUUGAACAAAUGGAAUGAUAUUCACAAAGACAAAAUAGGUCCCUUAUUAACAAGAGUUGUUAAUGUUAUUAUAGAUAUCUCUAACAUAACAUUGUUAUAAAUAAUUUUACUAUUUUACAAAUGGCCUCAUAAUUCGAUGUUUUAAAUUUUAAUUUUCAAGAUCCUUUGAAAUUUUGGUUUUAUUAACUUUACUGUUCUUCACUGCUACCUGACAGGUCAGUGUAUCACUUUAUUUAAAAUAUUAAAAUGCAAAAAAUCAACCAGGGCUUCUGGAUAACUAAAGCCAGUAUUAAUUUUAACAAACUUAACUUAUUUAUUGAAUAAAAUAUAAUGAUUAUAUUUUUAAUAAGUAACCCAGUUUUGUAUUCUAUAAAAAUAGCCAUAAAAUGUUGUUUAAAUAAAUAUUUGUUUUUUCUAAUA